UCCGGCAAUGUACACAAGGUUAAAAUGUAUUCCAACGACAUAGGAAUUUAAAGCAGAACCUGUGAGUCUUAAACAUCUCCGUUAACAAUGGAACUUCUCGAAAAUAGAAAGCGAAUUAAAGCACUAAGCAACGAUGAUAAACGAGAAAAGGUUGUAAAGGCUCUUUCACAGAUCGUUUUUGAUGAUGCAAAGAUUCUACGUAUGAUUCAAACAUUCGAAGAGCAAAUACAACUGGCGAACAGUACAGACGAAAACAAACGCAGUCAAACAGAUCUGUUCUGGGAAAAUACGUUUGUGAGGGGACUGUUUGAUGGCACAGAAUGCGGGACAUAUCUAGGAAUGGACCUGGGCGGCACCAAUUUCCGGGUGGUCCGGGUGGACAUGAAGGACGGCAAGGCCAACACCCAGACCAAAUACUACAACCUGGAGAAGAAACUGCUCGUUGGGUCCAGCUCCGAGCUGUUCGAUUAUAUCGCUGUUAGUCUGAGGUCCUUUCUAUCAGAAGAAACAUUUCCCUACCAAGAGGUGCCGCUAGGUUUCACGUUUUCCUUCCCUUCCCGCCAAAUAAGUCUGAAGCGGAGUACGAUAUCUACAUGGACAAAGAGCAUCAAAUGCACUGACGGGGUGGGGCUAGACUCGGUAUCUCUGUUGGAGGAGGCAAUAGAUCGACUCGGGAGAGACACAUUUCCUGUGCGUGUAAAUGUUGUGGCCAGAAUUAGCGACACAACUGGGACGUUACUCGCUGGAAAUCUGCUAGACCAUGAGUGUAAAAUCGGCCUCAUAUUGGGCACGGGCUCGAACGCAGCUUUUGUCGAGUACAUCCGGAAUAUAGAGAAAUGGGACACGUGCUAUAAAGACAACGACCCGUCAGACAAAGUGGUCAUCAACUGCGAGUUCGGGGCCCUGGGUGACAAUGGAUGCCUGGACUUUAUGAAGACCGAGUUUGACAGAGAACUGGACCGACAUUCAAACCACCCAGGAUCAUACACGUUUGAGAAACACUACAGCGGUCAUUAUCUGGGCGAGCUGGUGCGACUGGCGCUGGUGCGACUGGCAGCUGAUGGUCUAGUGUUUGCGGAAACUCCAUGCGAUAAACUGAGCGAGCGAUGGGCGUUGACUACGUCCCAUGUGACUGAUAUUGAAAGGGUCACUGAUGGGGAUAGUCCAACCCUGCAGGCGUUCCUGGAGGAGUUCGGGGUGAGUUCCCCGAGUGAGGACGAUAUAUUGCUGGUACGGGAGGUAUGUGAGCUCAUGUCAACCAGGGGAGCCUACAUUGUGGCCACAGCCAUGGUGGUUCUACUGAACCACAUUGAUCUACCGGAAGUGACGAUAGCAGUGGACGGAUCAUUGUACGAGCACCACCCGAAAUACCACAACAACAUGGCGUCCUUUAUAGCUAAAUGGAGACCUCAAACAAAGACGACACUGAGACUGGUUAAGGAUGGAAGCGGCCAGGGAGGUGCUCUAGUGGCUGCUAUAGAAGCAAAAUCGGCAAAACGUCCUUAAAAUGAACUGGGCUUCAGAAUGCUCUGUCAGUAAACGUACUUUUGUUGUCGACAUUUUCUUGUAUAUAUAACCUGAAAACGAAAUAAAGUUGAAAACAGA